GAGGAAACACAAACCAAACAACAAUGGCAGUCCAGUUAAGAGUCAUUUUAGAAGAACACAGCAUUCAAAAGUUGACACUUCCAACAGGAAUUCCUAAUACAGUGGAUGGGGAUACAUGGGGAAUUUGGACUGCUAUACCAAGACAAAGACUUUGACAAUCAGUUUUUCAGUGUCAUCUCAACUGCUGACUUGUAUGACAAGGCCACUGUUAAAGUGAUCCUUAAAGAGCCAGUAAUCACCCUUGACUUACAACCAGUAUGUGAAUCAGGAUCAUCGUCUGCAUUGAACUCUUCGACUUCAGUGAGCACCCAUCCUGCAAGUACUACUGAAACGGACAUCUGCCCUGCCAAUCAUGAUGCACCCUCACAGGUGUCCGACUGCGCAUCGUCAAGUUCCAGUGACACCAUCAUUCUCCCUGAUUCAUGUCGCCCUGCUGCGUGGCCAGUGCCAUUUCAAGUACCGGAGUUUUCCCGAGACAUACAACUAAUCCUCGCUGAGGCAAACAACUCAUAUCGCAACACUGGAAGACCUUUCAUGGAUGCCAGUGUUAAAUCAGCAACAAUGCAAGACCUUGCAAAAGUAAUUUUUUCGUACACUGCUUACCCAACCAAUCAGCAGAUCCUCUCAGUGGCUGAAGCCUUGGUUUCAAAGUUUGCGUGUCUUAAGGAGCCAGGAUCAUUUGCCGGCUUAUAUGGCUGGCAGCAGCGCAUAAAAAACAAGAUGCACAAUUACCGUGCCAAGCUAAGAUCUCGAAAAUUUUCUUACCCGGAAAUUGAAAUUAAUGCCUUAAAAAGGAAGCAUCCAGCUGAUGCAGUGCCAUCAAAGAAUGUAAAAAAGCCAAAAAAAGCAGAGGUUAAUUAUCUCCCUCCGCAUCCUACUGGAGAAACCCAAGAGACACUGGAGAAAGAGAGGCUGGAAUUAAUUUAUGAAAUAACAAAGAAAAACAACGCAAAGAUAAUUGCAGAAAAAAUGAAUAAAACGUUCUCUAGCCGAAGACUUGGAGUGGUCAGCCUCUGCCCCUCUGUGGGUGAGUUAAAAGAAAGGUGGCCAGCAUUAUUCACUGAGGCUCAGCUCAUCGAAGAGUUCAGACGCAUCACCACAGUUUCUUUGGUGGAGACAUUCAUGCUGAAACUUGAUGAGUACACACCAGGUCUUUUGCAGCUUAUGCCUGCCAAAGGAGGAGCUGCUGGUUCCAAGAUGAGACCUCUGCUGGACACUUUGAAUGACCUAUGUUAUUUGACUUUUUUCACAAAUAUGUAAUUAUGGAGGGCUGCAGUGGGUAGCAAGAAGGUCCUGGGUUCAAAUCCCGGCCCAGGGUCUUUAUGCAUGGAGUUUGCAUGUUCUCCCUGUGCAUGUGUGGG